AUGGCAGCCUCAAAAGAAGAAGCAGAUUGGACAAAUCUUCCCAAGAAUAUCCAGGAUUUGAUAGCAGAGAAGUCUGUUCCUUCUAUUUCUCGAUUUGUUCAAUUCUGCCUUGUUUGCAAGACUUGGCUCACAACAAUCAUGGAGAGUCAUCUGUUACGCCGCCAGAUCUUGAAAAGAUGCCAUCGUCAAGUUCCAUUACUCAUGAUUCCCAUCAAAGACAAGAGUUCAGAAAGGCGUGUUUUGUACGACAUCAUCGACAAAAAACGUAUGAUUUGGAGUUGUCGGUGCUACAACAGAAGAUGCUGCGGUUCUUCGUACGGGUGGAUCGCUACUAUAGACCACACUUUAGCUAUUAAACUCAUAAACCCUUUCAAUGAUGACAUCAUUAAUCUUCCUUCGGUUGAUAUUUGUGCCAUUGAGUUUACCACCGAGGAAGAUGAAUAUGAGUUCUACGUCAAGAAGGUAAUAUUAUCGGAUGAUCCUUGCGUAAAUCCAAAUGAUUUUAUGGUUUUAGCACUUUUUGAGUGUUUGGGUUCAAUUAACAUCAUCCGGCCGGGUGAGAAAAGCUGGACUUACACUACGUCUGAUCUGGAAACGAUUGUAAAAGACGAUGUCAUCUUUGUUAAGGGUAAAGCCUAUCCUGUGGAUUGGAGGCUUGGAGUUAUAUCGGUCGAUGUCACAAACACAAACAGUAGUAGUUUCGUGGAGAAGAUGGUAGUACCACCUAAACAUGGGGAGUUGGUAUUGCAUCAACGUACAUUGUGGAAUCAUCCGAUGGUGAGAUUUUGAUUGUUCAAAGAUUUUAUAGGACUUCUGAUGAAGAGUAUGUGACUGUGCACCAUUGGACAGUAAACUUCAAGGUUUUUUAGCUGCAGCGACGUGCAGAUGACGAGGCAAGGCUUGUCGAGGCAAACAACAUUGGGGAGGAUGCAUUGUUCUUGGGCGACAAUUGCUCCAUCUCGGUCGUUGCUUCUCGAUUCCAUGGAUGGCGAUCCAAUUGCAUUUACUUUACGGAUGACGUUAUCCUCUUUGCUCAUCCAUUUCUUGCGUAUGGUCCAAUUGAUAUGGGCAUUUUUAGCUUGGAAACUGAUAGUUUUGAAGGAUAUUAUGAUCACGAUCCUUCCCAUUUAGAUAUGCCGCCUCCGUUCUUUAUUUCAUCUACAUUGGGUGAAAAUUAUAAUGGGAAAC